AGAAACAAACAUUUCUAAAUCAAUUUAUGCUUCUAAGAAAUGACCAAACUUGUGGGAGGAAAUUUCACUAAAGGGUUGACCUAAUAUUUGAUUAAUUAGUAUUUAAUUAUAUUUCUACUGAGGGGGGCAUGAAGUCCUGAAUAAUUUUAUUCCGUUACAAAUUAGAAGAGGAAUAAACAUAAAAGAUGAGUAGCCAGAUGUGGGAGGACCCUAAUAUCCUAAAGAAUUUGGAAGAGUUGUUUCCUGGUCUCACUUUGGAAGAGGCUCUUCAGCAUCAGGAAAGUCUUUACCAAUCACUACAGAAGAUAGGCUGUAUUUACAACACAUCGAGAUCUCGUGACAAUGAACCUAGCUAUAGUCAUGGUCGUUCUGUGAGAGAAUUGUCAUUGUCAGGUUGUGACGACCAUGAUUUGGCUUUGGAUGAAGCUGUGGCUAGAUCUUUGCAGGAGUUAGAGUUGAAAGAUGAGCAAGUUGAUCGUGUUGCCAUAUCAGAAUCACUAAGGAACACCGAACGUAAUUCUCCUGGCACGUCUAUCACGGACAUACGUCAAGAAGUCAUUGAUCCAGAUCAGAUGUUGUAUGAAGAACUGCAGUCCUUAAGGAAAGCUAUAGGCAGUGGGAAUCCAGGAUUGACUAAGGGCGAGAUAUCCAGUUUGCCAUGCUACACGUACAAAUCUGGUGGCUUAUUCUCAAAAAAAUUAGAUAUUGGAGAGUGUGUGAUUUGCGUCUCAUCAUAUAAAAACAGGGAUACUGUGAUCAGCCUACCCUGUUUACAUCAAUAUCAUAAACACUGUAUAGAACCUUGGCUGCAGAGUAAAAAGAUUUGCCCAAUCUGCCAAAAGGAGGUGAAGAUAAUUUUUGAUUGAACAACCCAUGUAUCAGGCUUCGCAAGUAGUACCAAAAACAAUGCAGUGUAAAUUUUGUUUUCCUUUCUUUUCUCAUUAUUGUAUAAAUAAGGUAAAAUUUAGUUUCAUUUUCUUUUUUUUUAUUUUGUAAGAAAUAAAAUUAAGGAGACUUUUCUUGAGGUUUCGAUAAA